AUGGACGCGAUGGCACGACGAGAUCAAGCGCCAAAGUCUCAAGAUGGGAAUGUCGCCAACGUGAAAGGUUCGAAUGGUGCACUUGCCAAGAAUGGACCUGUUGCUGGGCUAUCCACGACGGCGAGUUAUUCCGAGCAAUCUUCUCAUAAUAUCAACUUAGACGGUGCUAGAGCUGUUGCUUCAAACAAGCGAAAGUGUAUGGAGCCAGAAUCCUCAAGUUCUAGUAACAAACGAACUCUAUUGGUGCAAUCUCAUGAAAAAACUCCACGCCCAACUUUAGUCACCCAUCAUACAGAUCCUUCAGACAAUGGCACACAGUCCCGUUAUGAUACGCCUGGCAAUCAUAUACAGACUCGAUUGGGAAAAGACCAGCCACUAGAUAUCCACGACGCUGCAGACAAAAAAGCGACAAAGAGUGCAAAAAGCGAAGCAGUAAAGGCUCGUGUUGAGGAUUUAAAAGCGGAACGAGUUGCCAAAGGGAAAACAUUAGCGAAGCUUGCCAGGAAGCUCCACAAGCAACGAAAAAUUGCUGCCACACAGCAAGAAAUACUUGAAAACUUGGUUAACGAAAAUAAGCGACAUUAUGGAUUAUUGAACUCUGUCCAUCUUAGAAGAGCGUGA